AUGGAAGGAAAGGCCUCGAACGCCGACUCGACAAUCCCAGCACGGCCUAUCAGCCAGCUCCCACAGCAGAGCAUCUCCUCAACCCCCACGCUGGCAGAAGUACCCAAGGCCGAGUGCACCGAGAAGGGAACAGCGACGGAGGGGCCGUUGAGGCCGUUGACGGACCCGGCAUGCCAGGCAGACGAUGACUCCGAGAUUGUCAAAUGGGACGGCGAGAGUGAUCCUGAGCUGCCGCUCAAUUGGCCAUCCUCCAAAAAAUGGCAAAAUGUUAUCAUGGUCUCGGCGCUGACUUUCGUGACACCGUUUGCGUCGUCCAUGUUUGCCCCGGCCAUCAACCAAGUAAUGGCAGAGAUGGGCACCUCGAACCGCGACAUCGGCUCGUUUGGCGUAUCGAUCUACCUGCUUGGUUAUGCAUUCGGGCCUCUCGUGCUUGCACCCUGCAGUGAACUAUACGGGCGUCUGAUUGUCUAUCAUAUUUGUGCCUUGCUAUUUAUUCUAUGCAAUGUCGCUUGUGCGCUGUCCAUUAGCAUGCCUAUGCUAAUCAUCGUCCGUUUCUUAACCGGUCUUGUAGGCGCUGCUCCGUUGACGAUAGGUCCUGGUACCGUUACGGAUUGCUUCCGACAAGAGGAGCGCGGGCGUGCCAUGGCAGUCUGGACAAUGCCCGUGCUGCUUGGACCUUGCCUGGGGCCAGCGAUUGGAGCCUACGUGUCCCGUUCGCUGGGUUGGAGGUGGAACUUCUGGCUUCUGAUCAUCGUGAGCGGCUUCAAGUCCGGUGCAGUUUCCCUCUUCUGCCUCGUCUUUCAACGAGAGACCCAUCCUCCGACGCUCCUGAAGCGCAAAGCGGCCAGGCUGAGAAUAUCGACGGGCAACCCCAACAUACGCCACGUCGACCAUACCACCCUAUCCCGGAGCCAACUUAUCACAACGAGCAUUGUCCGGCCCAUGAAGAUGCUUUUCCUCUCGCCUGUGAUUUUUGGACUAUCUCUGCUGACUGCUGUUGCGUAUGGAACGCUCUACCUCUUCUUCACUACAGUAACCGACGUCUUUACAUCGCGCUACGGCAUCGUCACCAAUGUGGGCCUUACAUACCUUGGCUGUGGCUGCGGUCAAUUUACCGGCCUCUUGAUCUUAGGGCUUGUUUCCGAUGCAAUCGUCAAGCGAGCAGCCAAAGGCGGAGAAAUGAAGCCAGAAUACCGUCUGCCACCCACGAUCCUUGGCGGAUCUAUGAUCCCUAUCGGCUUGCUCAUAUAUGGCUGGACCGCCGAGUAUAGGGUCUUCUGGUUCGUGCCCGUUAUUGGCACAUUUUUCAUAGGUUUUGGCAUGAUAACGGUUUUCACCCCUGUUGGGACGUACCUGAUCGAUGCGUUUCCAAUGUAUGCUGCCAGCGCCACGGCUGCUAAUACGGUCCUCCGCAGUGUGGGAGGCGCGCUUCUUCCACUUGCGGGUCCCCGAAUGUAUAGUAGUCUUGGUCAAGGCUGGGGAAAUACACUUCUGGCCGGUGUAUCCUUGCUUAUGAUGGGCAUGAUUUUCAUGUCCUUGAAGUAUGGAGAACGGUUGAGGACACAUCCAAAGUACCAAAUGAAGCUAUGA